AUGGCAAAAAAAACCACAAUAGAAGCAGUCGACAGAACCUUUAGAGACAUAAUGGAUUCUACAGAACCAUUUGGUGGAAAGAUUGUUGUAUUUGGAGGAGAUUUUCGACAAGUGUUACCAGUUGUCCCACGAGCAACGAGACAACAAACGAUUAAUGAAAGUUUGGUAAAAUCAUAUCUUUGGAAGCAAAUGGAAAAAUUGCAACUGACCAAAAACAUGAGAGCUCAUAGUGACAGUCAAUUUGCAGAAUAUUUAUUAAAAAUCGGGAAUGGAACUGAACCAUCAGUAGAAGAUGAUUAUAUUUGCCUCACAGAUGAUAUUACAAUUACAGGUGAAAAUGAUGAAGGUGCAAUUAUGAAGUUACUCAAUGUUGUUUAUCCUGAUCUUGAACAAAAUGCAACUUCAUCAGAAUACAUGACAAAUCGGGUAAUUCUAUCAACUACAAAUGAGUAUGUUGAUCAGAUUAAUGAGAAAAUGAUUCAACUAUUUCCAGGAAAAUUUUUUGAAUUCAUGAGUUUUGAUGAGGCAAUUGACGACACACAUAAUUAUUAUCAAGAAGAAUUCCUCAACUCAUUACUGCCUAAUGGUAUUCCUCCGCACAAGUUGAUGUUGAAAGCAAAUUGUCCAGUUAUAUUGUUAAGGAAUUUAGACCCAGCUAACGGUCUAUGUAAUGGAACACGAAUGGUUUGUCGUGAAUUUCGCAAAAACAUCAUUUAUGCAGAAAUCACUACUGGACAGAAUGCUGGCAAACAAGUUUUCCUUCCACGCAUACCUAUGAGUCCUGCAAAUGAUGAAGGAUAUCCGUUCAAAUUCAAGAGAAAGCAAUUUCCGAUACGACUAUGCUUUGCCAUGACUAUUAAUAAGGCUCAAGGACAGACAAUACCAAACGUAGGAGUUUAUCUUCCUCAAAACGUUUUUUCGCAUGGGCAACUAUAUGUGGCACUAUCGAGAGGCAUCUCUAUGGCAACAACAAAGUUAAAUGGGGGAAUGAAGAAGGAAGAUGCUUGGCCAUGA